GCUUUAAAAGCAUGUGUCAUCUAGACUUCGUACUCAAAAAUCACUAUUAACCUACAAGGAAAUAGCGGUUGAAGGACACCGAAGCGUGAAGCGCACCCACACCAAAACCAAACCCUAAGAAGACGCGACUGGAGAAAUAUUUUCAGAAGUUUAAGUUUCUGUGGCAGGCCGAUCUGACCUGCAUUUAGAAUUAGGCGACAUCCGAUCUGACGCGCGCACCCACUCACCUAGCUCUGUGGUUGUUCAUCGGUAAAGUAAGCUGUGAUGACCCUGUCUGGUAGCAACAGUGCCAACGACAUGUCCGGUCAGACGGUGCUCACUGCUGAGGAUGUGGAUAUCGACGUGGUCGGGGAAGGCGAUGAGGGAAUGGAGCGGGACAGUGACUGCGACAGCCAGGGGGGCAUGCAAGACCGCUCGGAGGAGGUGGAGGAGAUAGAAGUGAAGGAAAGGUCCGGGAGUCCCUGCGAGAGCGCCGGGGAGGGAGAGACCAAAGCCGACAGCACGGAGAGCGCAUCGGGUCCAAUGAGUAGCAAGCCGAAAAACAGCCUGGUGAAGCCCCCAUAUUCCUACAUUGCGCUCAUCACCAUGUCUAUACUGCAGAGUCCGCAGAAGAAACUCACUCUUAGCGGGAUCUGCGAAUUUAUCAGCAACCGGUUCCCGUACUACCGAGAGAAGUUUCCAGCUUGGCAGAACUCCAUCCGCCACAACUUGUCGCUGAAUGAUUGCUUCGUUAAAAUACCCCGUGAGCCGGGAAACCCUGGCAAGGGCAACUACUGGACUCUGGACCCCCAGUCGGAAGAUAUGUUUGACAACGGCAGCUUCCUCAGGAGGAGGAAACGAUUCAAGAGACACCAGCCAGACAUUCUCAGGGACCAGACAGCCCUCAUGAUGCAAAGUUUUGGGGCUUACAGUAUUGGGAAUCCUUACGGGCGUCACUAUGGAAUUCACCCAGCCUACACCCAUCCAGCGGGGAUGUAUCCUUACAUGCCCCCGGUGGGUCCCAUGCUUCCCCCCACUGUCCCGCUCUUGCCAUCCACUGAGCUCAACCGAAAAGCCUUCAACUCCCAGCUCAGCCCCAGCUUACAGAUGCAGCUAAACAGCCUGAGCACCGCGUCUAUGAUCAAGUCCGAGCCCUCCAGUAGACCGUCGUUUAGUAUAGAAAAUAUAAUCGGGGUGUCCACCUCCUCGAAUGCACAGACUUUCCUGCGGCCUCCGGUGACUGUUCAGUCGGCGUUGUUGAGUGCACAUGCCCUAACGAGGACAUCAGCUGCUAUUGCACCAAUUCUUAGCAUGCCAUCUAAUAUCAUAUCGGGACAGUUUUUACCCUCCGUAACGGCAGCAGUGUCCAAAUGGCCUUCUCAAUAAACAUUUUUCUAGACUUGGGGGGAAGACAGUAUACAGCACGAAAUAGGCAGCACUGGACUCAGCUAUCUGUAGCCAUGUAAAGACUCUAAAACAGAGAGAAAAGAAAAGGAAUGCUUUCUGUACAGGUAAUUUGUACAUAUUUGUAAAAAGAAAUGAUUGUUUGAAUUUUACCUAUUUUAUUUUGUUGUUUGAACUGUACAGCAUUAGCUUAGUUAUAGACGAGCUGUCCUUUUAUUCUUUUAUAUUUUCUUUUGUAUCUGGAGGCUCACUGUUAGUUCAAAACAAGCAACACUUUUGCUUUGAUUUUUCAUACAGGAUUCAACAUGUUCCUAUUAUAAGUCUGGAUAAAUAGUCUGUUUAUAAAUUCAAAUAUAUGUAUGUAGCUCUAUUGUGUUGUAAAAUUGAUUCAUUUGUUAAUAAAUCUAAAAAAGAAGUAUAUUAUUUAUGUAUAGAAUUCUUGAAUU